GCGGCCGGAGGGACGAUGAGCGGCGCGGCGCGGGCGGGCCCGGCCCGGCUCGCCGCGCUCGCCCUGUUGACCUGCAGCCUGUGGCCGGCGCGGGCGGACAACGCGAGCCAGGAGUACUACACUGCGCUCAUCAACGUGACGGUGCAGGAGCCCGGCCGCGGCGCCCCGCUCACGUUCCGCAUCGACCGCGGGCGCUACGGGCUCGACUCGCCCAAGGCCGAGGUCCGCGGCCAGGUGCUGGCGCCGCUGCCCAUCCACGGCGUUGCUGAUCAUCUGGGCUGUGAUCCUCAGACACGGUUCUUUGUCCCUCCUAACAUCAAACAGUGGAUUGCCUUGCUGCAGAGGGGAAAUUGCACAUUUAAAGAGAAAAUAUCACGGGCUGCUUUCCACAAUGCAGUUGCCGUAGUCAUCUACAAUAAUAAAUCCAAAGAGGAGCCUGUCACCAUGACUCAUCCAGGCACUGGAGAUAUCAUUGCUGUCAUGAUUACAGAAUUGAGGGGUAAGGAUAUUUUGAGUUAUCUGGAGAAAAACAUCUCUGUACAAAUGACAAUAGCUGUUGGAACGCGAAUGCCGCCAAAGAACUUCAGCCGUGGCUCUCUAGUCUUCGUGUCAAUAUCCUUUAUUGUUCUGAUGAUUAUUUCUUCAGCAUGGCUCAUAUUCUACUUCAUUCAGAAGAUCAGGUACACGAAUGCACGCGACAGGAACCAGCGUCGUCUUGGAGAUGCUGCCAAGAAAGCCAUCAGCAAAUUGACCACCAGAACAGUAAAAAAGGGUGAUAAGGAAACAGACCCCGACUUCGACCACUGCGCAGUCUGUAUCGAGAGCUACAAGCAGAAUGAUGUGGUGCGGAUUCUCCCCUGCAAGCAUGUUUUCCACAAGUCCUGCGUGGAUCCCUGGCUUAGUGAACAUUGUACCUGUCCAAUGUGCAAACUUAAUAUUUUGAAGGCCCUGGGAAUUGUGCCAAAUUUGCCAUGUACUGAUAACGUAGCGUUUGACAUGGAAAGGCUCACCAGAACCCAGGCCGUUAACCGAAGAUCAGCCCUAGGCGACCUUGCCAGCGACAACUCCCUAGGCCUCGAGCCACUUCGAACUUCGGGGAUCUCGCCUCUUCCUCAGGACGGGGAGCUCACUCCCAGAACGGGAGAGAUCAACAUUGCAGUAACAAAAGAAUGGUUUAUUAUUGCCAGUUUUGGCCUCCUCAGUGCUCUCACACUCUGCUACAUGAUCAUCAGAGCCACAGCUAGCUUGAAUGCUAAUGAGGUAGAGUGGUUUUGAAGAAGAAAAAAAAACAGCUUUCUGACUGAUUGCCUUGAAGGAAAAAAGAACCUAUUUUUGUGCAUCAUUUACCAAUCAUGCCACACAAGCGUUUAUUUUUAGUACAUUUUAUUUUUUCAUAAAAUUGCUAAUGCCAAAGCUUUGUAUUAAAAUAAAUAAAUAAUAAAAUAAAAAAAGACCAUGCU